UACCACUCGGCUACUCGCAGCAUAGGUCACCUAGCAUCUCGUCCAACCUCUACGCCGGCCUUGUUCUCACUCCUGGAAGCUGGAAUCGCCAAGUAUACCCACGGCCUUGCAUGUAACACCAGACGCCUGCACUGCUGGCAUCUGUCUUGGCUGGACCUAUUGUUCUCCCAAUAACCAUAACCACAUCUGGUUCCCCUCCGUCCUACGCCCUCUUUCUUCAAUGUCUACUGCUGUCGAGUCUUCUCAUCACAUUCUUGGCACCAACCCUACGCUCAACACCAUGUCUCGAUCACUUCACGCUCAUCGCGAGGCCUACUCCUCAAGGCACGCACACUACACGCCAGAACAGCAACCACAACAGCCGCACUUGUAUCGUCAACAGCAACAACACAGGCUGCCUCCCGUGACCACCAUAAUACCCACCACUGGUCCUGGUCUUGUUUCUUCUUCCUGCGAUCCAGCUUAUCGAGGCCAUAGCCGGACUUACUACUCCGACUACCCAACUCCUUCACCAGUGGGACAAACACCCCCUCAACUCCCGAUUACAUAUAACGAGGCUCGUUCUCAUCAUGGGAGACACCUAGACGGCCGUCUUUCCCCGGCCUAUUCCACUGCUGCCAGUGAAAGGUCAACCGUGGAGUCCACCUACGAGUCUCGUUCAAGGCAAAUGAACCAUAUUCGCGAUCACCAGGUGCAUGCUGAGCCAUCUUGGUCACCUUUCCACCAGCAGCCCUCGCGACUAAGACAGGAGUCAUUCAGCCAUUCCACCAUGACACGAAAGGCAUCCGCACCCGAAAACAACCACUAUGGCAACAGCAACAACAACUCCCCACCACCCAAGGGAUCACAAACUCCAUCAAACUCACAGCAAGGCGGUUCUCCAAGGCAGGAAUCCCGGCCCAUGAGCAUAUCCAAUCUCAUAAGCACCGACAAUACCAGAAACACACGGAACCCGGUCCCCCCACCACCCUCAGGCAAAAAGACCGACUACCAAAUAUCCGUCCGCCAACAGCCCUUCGCCGCCCGCAGCUGCGGCUUCGGCGAGCGCGACCGGCGCGUCAUCGACCCGCCGCCCAUUGUGCAACUGACCAUUCACAACGAUACCCUCUCACGCGAAGAGCUCAGCCGCCUCCUGCGGCACCAAUUCAGCGUCAUCCACUGCAGCAUCUGGGACGAGACGGGCGUCAAGGACAUGAGCAGCAUGCCCGAGGACUUCCGACAGCAGCGACGUUUGAUGGGGACGUUGGUUGCGUCCCCCUUUGUCGGGUUGGAUGAGAACGGGGAGGAGGGCUGUUUCUUUUGUUUCCCCGACCUGAGCUGUCGUACACCGGGGAUUUUUAGGCUGAAGUUUGCGCUGGUGGUGCUGGACCCCGCGAGGAUGAUGGCGGGCGAUAGAAGCAGUAUUGUCGCCACGGCGAUGAGCGAGCCGUUUCAGGUGUAUAAUGCGAAGGAUUUUCCGGGGAUGAAGGCUAGUACGCCGUUGACGAAGAGACUCAAAGAGCAGGGGUGUUUGAUUAGUAUUAAGAAGGGGAAUGAGAAGGGGGGUUCCGGGGGUGGGGGUAAAGGUGAGAGGGAGGAGAGUGGGGAGGAGGAUGAGGGGAGGGAUGAGGAGGAUGUGGAGGAGAGCGGGAGGGGAGGAGGGAGGAAGGGGAGGAAGAGGCAGAAGAGGGGGUCUUUGUGAACUUUUUUUCGGUUCGGCUUUUCGGUUUCUUCCCGAUUUUCACCUAUGUUACGGCUCAUGACACGCUAUAUACCCAUUUCCCUAUUUCUUCUCUAUCUAGGGUUUUCAAACGAUAUCAUUUCACCUCGUCGAAAAGCGGUUUGAACAACAGGUUGGCUUUUUGGUUUCAAAAAAGCGAAGAGCUUCUUUUGGUUCAUAAGCUCUGCUUCCCCACAAUUUUUAUC